CCUCUAGGCAGAGUUUCCCCUCUUGCAGGCCAUUGCAUAGUGGUUUGGGGCUGAGGAAGUGGCAGAAGAGUGGAACUAUAGAAGGCUCUUGCCAAAGUUUCCUCUAAGCAGCUGGGCUAACACUCUACAGAUAAGUUUCCGUUACAGAGGUCCAGCAGCAGAGACUCAAGAGUUUUGGAGUUCAGCCUUCUUAACUGGAACAUCAGAUUGAGCAGUUACUGCUCCUACCAUGUCCAGCAAGUAUCCAGACCUCCUGUGCAUUCAGAUGUCUGUAACUUAUAAUCAGGUUAUGUGAUCAUACUUAGCAGCAGUUUAGAUAUUUAAACAGGUAAUGAUUAAUCACCUUUAGAAUGGCAAUCAAUUUGUGCUCAAUGACACCACUUCCUUUCCUUGUUAUGCUCCUGCUCACCAUUUUACGUAUGCUCCACUUUGUUCUUGUUACAGAUAAAGAAGCUAUUCUACUGGCUCAAACAACUCAAAAUGUUCUCUGCUUUUCUCGAACCUUUGAGGAUCUCACCUGUUUCUGGGAUGAGCCAGCCCAUGUGAAAGGAGCAUAUCGAUUCUUCUAUACAUACGAAGGAGACAAAAGCCGAGAAUGUGCUCUAAUCUCUAUGAAAAAUAUAGAUGGAAGUUGGCGCCACAUCUGCAGUUUUCCUGGAAACUAUUAUGGCAUACAACUCUUUAUCGAACUCAAUAUUGAAGUGUUGGAUAGUGUUAGUAAUCAUACCAUAUUCUCACAGUAUCUGAGAGUGAACACUGUUGGUCUCAUUGCUCCACCAACAAAUAUAACAGUUGAGUGGCCAGGGAUUGCACAACAGUUGCUUGUAAAUUGGAUGCCUCCAUCUAUCAGCUAUGCAGACUUCUUGAUUUAUGAAGUUCUUUAUGGUGUUGAGGAUUUGAUUCAGGCACCAUUCAGGAUUGAAGUGAAAAACAGCUAUAUGUGCCAUCUCAAGAACUUACUUCCAGGACAGCAAUACCACAUCCAAGUUCGCUCCAAACCUGAUGGCCUCUCUCUUGAUGGCAUCUGGGGACCCUGGUCUCCAGCAGCAACAGCAGGAACACCCCAUCUUUCUGAGGCGAUUGGUCUGCACUGUUUCACUCCAGACUUGCAUCAACUGCACUGCCAGUGGAACAAGAAGACCCUGGAAUCUGGCCCUUUUCACAGCCUCUUGUACUGGAUGGAAAGCAACAGCAGCAGCACAAGAGGGCAACUCUGGCACAAAUGUAAGAAGGAAGACCCUGCUUCCUGCACAUGCACCUUCCAGCCCAGCAACACUCAUUACCUUUCUAUCCUGGUGACUAUCAGCCAGAGGGAACAAGAGGUCAGCUACUUUGAAGAGCCAUUCAAACUGUACCAUGCGGUGCACACUGCUCCCCCAAGAAUCUUGGAGGCUUCAAUAGACAGAAAUAUACUAAAGCUGGAGUGGGCCUCCCCACUAGAAGAAAUAGCUGAGCACAUGGUAUAUCAGAUACAGUAUAUGGUGCAAGACACCUUGAAGUGGAAGACUCUACAGGUGCAGUACUCAAACACCAGUGAAAUUCAUCUAGCCACCCAGGAUCGCUACUGCCUUCAGCUGCGUACCCAGCCAGAUGGCCAGAAGUUCCGUGGGGACUGGAGCACCUGGUCAGAAUUAGCGUGUGUUGAAGUCCCACCUGGUACAGAUUCAGUGAUUAUGAUCGUGGCUAUAGCACUCUUGCUGUGUGCAGGACUUGUGCUGGGACUGGGCUUCACCUGCCUUUCCAACUACAGUAGUAUGAAACAAAAGCUCUGGCCACGCAUCCCAGACCUACACUAUGUCCUAGAUGGAUUCUUCCAGGAUAAUGGCAAGCAGCAGCAGCAGCAGGUAAAUGCUUUAUUUUGCAACAAAAUGUUGGAGGAUGUGCCUUUGACUUGCUUGUUGGAAGUACUAUCUGAGAAACCCCUGGAAACACGAAGCUUUGAUCCUUUGCUAGAUAUGAGUUUGGUAGAACAGACAGAAUGGGGCAGCCAACCUUCUUCCCAUCAGCACUACAUGGUGCUGAGUUCUAACAAUCCCCAAAGCAGCCACCAUGAAAAUGAGUACUUUGAUGACACAAAUAAUAAUGGAAAUGCUUUCCCACAGACUUUGGAAGGUGAUCUACACAUAACAUCAGAGCCAAUGACCCAAAUAAUUCCAUUCACCUUGUUGAAUGUACCAUCAGAGAUUAAAGAAGAAAGAAGGCAGGAAAUUUCUGAUGACCAAGCCACAUCUGUCACUGAUAUUUCAAACCAGACAUAUUUGCUAAUGGGCUGAUUGUGUUAUCAUUAGAGGACAGCACUAUGAGAAAUUAUUAGGCACUGUGGAAGUUUAUAAUACAAUACAAGCAAUUUUCAAUUGUAAGGCAGCUGUUUAGCCAGUACUCCUCAAAUCUGUUUCUUGUGGACCAAUUGAAUUUAGCAGCUUGGGCAAUUUUUCAUGGCCAGAAACUACCUUGAAUUUUUGGAAGGCAACGAUGCAAAGUGACUAGAACUGUAUUCAUACAGGACUCAUUUUAGGGGCGGGGAUUGAAAGGGGAAAAAAAUUACACUACAAGGUUUAUUUUCGCAUUUCUGAAUGGCAGGGAAUCAUACUGCCAAAUUCUAGUAGUGAUGGCCAAAGGGUACUUUGGUUGCUGCAAAAGGAUUUGAGGAUCUGUGGCCUCAAAUUACCAACCCAAGCAUUGGAUUAUGAUAUGGAGUUGAAUGUGGAACUUUAUCCAAAGACAUGUCCACAUUGCAUCUGGUAACAACAGAUCUCCAAAAACAAAGUGAUUCUUAUGCAGCUGUGUCCCAGUGAUUUGUAAGUCAGCUAAAAUAAAACAAGAUUUAAAAUACCUUUUCCAUUUUGAAGAAAUAGGAUCAACUAUCUUCCUGCAAAGUAUGUUUUAUGAAAUGAUGAAAAAAUUGUAAUAAUACAACUGCAUAGCAUAACCAGAAAUAGAGCAAAAUAGAAAAUAUACCAUGCUGAGGACUAAAUACAAUUUGUGAGAUAAGCACCACUCUGUUAGGUCACUGUAAUAGUCGGAUUUAUUUCACUGAUUUUAAAUAUGGCACACAUUACUACUGAUCUGUACAGAUUAGGAUUCACUGUUACUAUUUGCAUUGCCAUGGUUGCUUGUAAAUAAAUAUUUGAAUAAUGCAACUGCUCUGA